AUGUUUUGUAGAACACAUUUUGCUCACCAAAAAUCAUCCAAUCAUUUGGAAUUAUCAUUCCAUAACGGUGAUAUAUUCCAUAUCACUGAUACUCUUUUUGGUGGAACAGUUGGAUUCUGGCAAGCUACACGUGUUUAUUCUGCUGCAGAUAGUGCCAAUUAUGGCCAAAAUGAUAAUUGCAAAGGUGUCAUCCCAAAUUUAGAAACGGCCGAGAUGUUAGCAAAAGCAGCACGAGCUGAUACUUCCACAUGUGGUCGUUCCACGUUUUUCCGUCGAAAAUUGAAAGAACGACGCACAAAGUCAUUGACGAAAAAUGUCAUAGAUGACGUGACUUUUGAAAAUACGUGUGAUAUGGCUUUUCCAGCUUAUGAACGGGUCACCUUAAAACAUCCACAGUUUCAGAGACCACUUGUUCUCUUUGGUCCAUUGGCAGAUAUUGCUCGCCAACGGUUAUUAACUAAUUUUGCUCUUCGAUUUUCGGGUAUUGCUGAUGAAAGCAUUAUGCGAUUAAGUGCUAUCGAUGCUGUUAUCAAUGCAAAUAAACACUGUGUACUGGAUGUUAGUCCAGGCUCUGUGGAACGUUUGCAACUUGCGCAAUAUGCACCAAUUGUUAUUUUUAUUGAUGUUGAAAGUAGAAGCAGAAUACGUGAUUUACGUAGUAAAGCUGCAACCUUAGAUGCAACUAAAGAAGAUGGUUGGUUUGAAGCACUGCUACAGUUAAUUGCACAUUUGCAAGAUCGUCGAGUAUGGAUGCCUGAAUUUCGACCGCUCACUAAUUUAAACGAUGUUAUUUUAUUACCAAUGCACUGUUUUCAUAAUCCUAGCGAUUCUGACGUUGAUUCAAUUAAAGGGGAAUAUUCAACAAGUGAAUAUCUCACAAGAUCACAAGUUCAAUUAGAAAAAGGUGAUCCUCAUGUGAAACUUGGAUAUGACGAAUUUGAUCCAAAAUAUCAGCGUUCACUUCGAUUAACGCCGUCACAUUUAAACCCUAAUAAUUAUCCACCGCCGCCAUCACCAGCAGCGCCAGGAAUGUUAGCAUCAAGAGGCACUUUUUAUCAAAAUGUUUAUCCGUGUGAGCCUUUAUCACAGUAUUCUUCACGUGUACAGCUUACAUCUCCAUGUAUUAACCCCACGGCACAACAAUUACCAUCAUCUGUUCAACGUAAUUAUUACUUUGAUACACCAACAUCGUCUACAUCAUCUAUACCAACUUGGGCAACAUUACCUCGUCGACAAAAUAAUCAUAUCGUUGAUACUUUUCCAACAACAACAAUUACAGAACCAGGCAUUUUGACCCGAACUAUUACUAACACUCCUAUUAUAAAAACAACAGCAACAAUAACAACAAGUACUACCACUACUACUACUACAACUACUACCACUAUUACUAAUCGGCUUUUAAAUUAUUCACAGUCUAUUUUAACCCGAUGUAAUCCAUCUCAGUUUGUUAUUCAACAGCAACAACAGCAUUCGCCAGUUGCCCAACGGCAACAACAUUUUAGACAACGCAAUAUAUUACAGUCAUCUUCACUACGUCAAAGUCCUCAAAAGUCAUCGGAUAAAGCAUCACCACCUCAAGUAUCAGCUGAUACUUAUCACCCUGGAGGCUCUUCAAAAACAGCACAUGAAGAUGAUAUCAUUUCUUCUACUAUGGCAAUCAGUAAUAACUGUAAUACAAUGACUACAAAUAUUAUUACAGACAUGAAUAAAAAUCGUCGAAUCAAUCUUGCUAUUCCAGAAGCUGCAGACACUGUAACCGAUAACAAUAUGCCAUCUGCCUUCCACGAUAUGAAACAGAUUGAACUUGAAAAAAGUACAGUGAAUGCAAGAAAAAAUCAACAAAGUCAUUAUCAGAAUGCUGAUAACUCGUCUUCGUAUGCUGUUAAUAAUCAUUUAAAUAGUGUUAAGAAUCAUAUGAAUCAUACAGGACAACCAGGAUUAUUUUAUGAUCAUUUGACAAGGGACCGUUGGAUGUGUAAUCAAAGUGAUAGGCGAUUGAAUACGCCGCAUCAAGCAACAUAUGAAAAUUCAUCACCUCGUGUACCAACAAGUGAAGAAUUAUCAUUUUGUGCUAAAAACUUCAAUAUGAAUAGAAAUGAAGUUGAAAUGAUAUAUGGUACAAGUACUGAUAAUUGUAGCACACAGUCAACACAUGCUUCUGUAGCAACAACUGAAGUAGAUAGCUUAUCAGAAUGUAUUAAUACUGAAAAUAUGAAAUUAGACGAAGUGAAUAAUGGAAGAAAAAACUAUUCUGAUACAACAAUCAUUGAACACAUUACCGAUAUAAUUGGUGCACGUGGUGGUACCCUGAAUUGUCCAAAAACGGGUGUUUCAUUAAUCAUUCCCGAAGGAGCAAUAAAUGAAGGAUCAAUGCAAGAAAUUUAUAUAAAAGUUUGUCGAGCUAACGAAGCUGAAAGUCAACCGCCUUUAGAUGAAAGUCGUGGUGAAAGUUUGAUGAGUCCCCUUGUAAUGUGUGGCCCGCAAGAUCUACAGUUCAAUGUACCAGUUGAACUAAGAUUACCUCAUUCAGUUUCAAAUAAUGCUGACAAUUGGUCAUUAGCUUUGAAAUCAUGCGAUGGACAGCACUGGGAUCAAAUGGCCUUAGAUAGAAAUACUUCAUCAGCAGUGACAGAUAACUAUGUUUCAAUCAAAAUUAAUCAUUUUUAA